CAAAAUUAAACUACACCCUGUAUAAAAAAAAUUCUAUAGAAUCCGAUACAAAUGUUUAUCAAUUUCCGUUCCUUUCCAAAACAAAAUUAAAAAUUAUUGCAUCGAACAGCAUUUUUGCAUUGACACGAUGUGACUUCUCGAAACUGACCCAAUUAGUCAAUUCAUUGCCGCUUAUUACGUUGCAUUAGUUGUUAAAUUGCAUCUAAUUAGUGUAUGUACGAGUACAACUUAGAACCAUGUAUAGGGUAAGUCCUAUGAAUAGAUUGGUGACCUAGUUUAUCAUGAUGGCUCUCGAGUACCGGGUGCUUUCAAUUCAAUUUGCUUGAUGAGAAAUACUCGAUUUUAAUGAAGAUAUGGUUCUUGUUAAGAGUUUUUGCGGACUCAAAGUUCCUUUUAUUCUAUAUCUUUGUGCACUUCCUUUAGUGACAAUUUCUUUAUCUUUGGAAAACAAAAGCGAUGAAAGUGACGCUCCUGAAUUAGACAUUGCUUCAGACAUUGCAGAAGAAUCUUUAGAAAUAGAAAAGAUAAGUCCCGAAGACACACCCUGCACCUGUGGCGUGUUUCUAAGCAGUCAAUUUAAAAAGGGCUCAAAAGACCAACCAAAGGGGAAUCCAGUGUUAACAGAGGAAAUUGACACCCCUUUUAUGAAUAACGCCUUCGGAAAUAAACAGUGUACGACCAAGUGUCUCGAGCUGAUUAUCAAACAUUUGCCAAAAAGCAGCGACAUAAUCUGUGGAAGCGUAGACAGGGAUGAAGUGCGCCGAGAGAAAGCCUUCCUUUUCGUCAAAAAUCACAGUGACAAAUGGCACCCUACAAGUUUCUCCGCUGGCAGAGAAUUUUGCUGCAAAGAUUACGCACCAGUGAAAUGUUCUGAAUGGCCAAAAUAACUUGAAAAUUUAUAAAACAUGACAAAUUCAGGCGGUGUUUUAUUUCUG